CAUCCUAAUGAUCAAAAUAUUUACAAAGUUACUUGUAAAAUGAUUUUACAUUCAACUAUGCAUAAGGCAAACCUUGAGUUCCACUUGAGACAGUUUCUUACUGAUAAUUUAGAAUUUAACAUCAAUAAUAUUGGACAGAGUAGCACUUCUAAUACAGAUUUAGUCAAUAACAAUCUAUUUACUCAACAAGAUAGUGAUAGUUAA